GUCCUGAGCUCGGUGCUCUCCACCCUGCUGGUUCCCCAUCCGGCAGCCGCCGCCCCAGUCGAGCUCGAGGUCACCCUCCGCGCUGCCGAUCUCCGGCUGCCAGCGGCGGCGACCGUCACCUCCGGCCGAGCUCGCCUGCCCCACUGAUCCGCCGGCGAAAGUCACCUUCGUCCGAGCCUGCUUGCUCCGACGACUGCGCCCCACCUGCCACUCCCGAUGGCAGCGAUGGGGAAGCUGCGCACCGCCGCCUCCAACUCCGGCGACCUGCCCCUGGACGCGCUGAGCGAGAUCCUGCUGCGUUUCUCAGCCAAGGAGCUCUGCCGCCUCCGCGCCGUCAGCCCCACCUGGCGGUCCCUCACCUACGACCGGGCCUUCAUCGCUGCCCACAGGGCCCGCCACCGGGAGCCGCUCCUCGCCUUCGCCCGCCGCGACGACGACCAUGGUCACAGCGUCGACAUCGUGGAUCUGUCCGGCGAGCUCGUGAGGCGGAUGCCGAGACCCGAGAACGGCGUCGGCGUGCUUGGAACUCGCCUCGACCUCGUCCCCGUCGCGUGCAGGUACCGGCACAUGGCUCUCUGGGUGCUGAACCCGUCCACCGGUGCUGCUCUGGCGUUGCCAGAUUGCCACUCGGAGUACAUGGGGAACGGGCCGGACCAGCGGUUCGUCUUUGGCUGUGGCUUUGUGGAGAGGUAUGCAAUGGGCCGGGUCUCCACUGGAGAGUACAAGGCACUCCGCAUCACCCGCUGCUCUUUUCGCUCCAAAGAUAAGGUCUGUGAGGUGAUCACCAUUGGCGCUGAUGGCAGCAACCACGGAGUGUGGAGGGAAAUGCCUAGGACUCCCUCCCUUAUGUGUACAGGUGAUGAUGUGCGCAGGAGUCCCUCGAUUGCGGACGAGAUGAAAUGUGUGGUUGUGGAUGGACUGGUGCAUUUCUUGAUAGAGUUUAAAUCCAACAACUUAGGGGAGGCCAGUUGUGAGCCUGGCAGCAUAGCUUCCUUCAACUUGGAGACUGAGGAGUGGAUGCCGAUUCUCCAUGGGCCUGAUCCCGUGCGUUCAUUUGUUCUGGACAACAACAGGAAGUACUCAUAUGAGGACCUGGGUACGCAAUUAUCGUUGUCGAAUUUAUCUGGCUGCUUGGUUACAGUUCAUAAUAUUCAUAACACUUCCAUGGACCUAUGGUUUCUGUCUGAUUUUGAGAAGGGGCUGUGGAUUAAAAUGUACAGCUUGCCUUCCCAGGUUGCUCGGUUACUUGUGUAUCCAUUGCUGGUAUUGGAUGAUGAGAGGAUAUUAUUUGUGCAUCGAAUAAAUUUGUUCGUAUGCUUUGACCUGAAAACUGGCAUUUACACUUACAACCUGAAAACUAGUGCUUGCACUCGUGUGUUCGACUUGGACAUGGGAGGUUCUGAUUCAGGAUCCAUUGGCGUUUACACCGGAAGUCUGCUGAGUGCAUAGAGAUGUUGUCAGUUGGCACUGAUGAGUUAUCAUCUAUAAUGUUGUGGUGGUUAGGAAGUAGUUGCGUGCUAGAGGAUGAAGGUCAAUACUUGGCUCUGAAGACUUGAAUGUUAAUAUGCAGGAAGGCUAUUUUCAGUAAUGUGUGGUACUGCAGACUUCAUAUGGGUUUUACAGAUAACUGCGCUUGGUGAUUCAUGGGCUACUUCUGUAUCUACUGCCCUCUGAACCUUCUUUCAGAACAGUGAACACAAUCAUGUUGAGCCACUGAGACCUGUUUCUUUCAGGCGUUUCCGUGAAUCUGCUUGAUAUGAUUUUUUUUAUCAGUGAUUACUUUUGGAGGGGAACAUUUUCAGUGCUGAAAUGUUCGUUCCUGCAUUAGUUUCUGCCUUCGAAAUGGUAGGCCAGGUACAGCUAGUUCGUUCAAGUUGUGCCUUGAUAGGGUUGGGUGGGGCUCCUUCCCAAAACAGUCUGUCUGUUAGACUGUGUGGAUGAUUACUGUAUGGAACGCCGGCAGAUCGGCAUUGACGAGGUGGGUGGAGGUGUUUGAGCAUUGUAAUCGAGCUGCACGCUCAGAUCGAAGCUGCACCAUGGGAUGGCGGCUAUCCAGCUCAUGAUCGAUAUCGCUGAAAAAAAAGGUCGACGAUCGAGGUGGAUCUGCCCACAAAGGGCGUCUUACUUCCCAGAGCUAGUGUUGAACAUGAAAAUUACAGGUUGUAAGAAGUUGGUAUAUAACUAAUGACAUACACAUAUACAAGAAAUAAUUAUAUUGCUUCCCUAUAAUGGCUUUAUUUUUUA